UACCUCACUACCUCUGAUGCAGGGCUACCACUCAGUGCAGCAUCCAGGGGAAGAAAGGAAAAACCUUCAAAAUCAUCAGGUUUUCUUGAAAUUCUCUUGGCCCUGAUCUCAGCUCUUUUGUUGGGUUUUUAUUAUCAUCUUCUCACUCGUCAAUGGCGUCCGUUCUUUCAAUUCUCCUUCUUUUGGCGUUUACUUCUUUUCUGAGUUGUUUCGCAGAAAGUGGCAGGAAGGAAUUUAGGGAUAAGGGGGCCAACAAGGAAACUGUAAUACAAUUGGGGCACUUUGUUGAUUCAUAUAGAAUUGACCCAUCACGGGUUGUCCAACUCUCUUGGCAACCAAGGGUUUUCUUAUACAAGGGUUUUCUCUCGGAAGAGGAGUGUGACCACUUUACUUCUUUGGCACAUGGAGUGAAGAAAACAAUUUUGGGCAAUGACUACAGUUCAGGGCAUGUUGUCACGAACUGGAAGCUUACAAGUUCAGAAAUUCCCUUAAACAUAAAAGAUGAUGUAGUUUCAAGGAUUGAGGAACGAAUAUCAGCUUGGACUUUCCUUCCCAAAGAGAACAGCAGGCCCUUACAGGUUAUGCAUUUUGGGAUCGAAGAGGUUAAUCAGAACUACGAUUAUUUUGGUAACAAAUCCACAUUAGAAUUAACCAAGCCUUUGAUGGCAAUAGUUGUUUUGUACCUCUCAAAUGUUACACAGGGUGGUGAGAUUCUCUUUCCUGAGUCAGAGCUGGGUAAGAUUUGGUCCAGUUGUACAAAGAGUAGUAGCAUCCUGAGACCUAUUAAAGGGAAUGCUAUUCUGUUUUUCACUCUUCAUCCUAAUGCAUCUCUUGACAAGAGUAGCUCCCAUGCUAGAUGCCCUGUCCUUGAGGGGGAAAUGUGGUAUGCCACCAAAUUGUUCCACAUAAGAUCUAUUAGUGGGGAAAAAGUCUCACCUGAAGCAGAUGGCACUGAAUGCACGGAUGAAGAUGAAAAUUGUCCCAGGUGGGCUACCAUUGGGGAAUGUCAAAGAAAUCAUGUAUUCAUGAUUGGUUCUCCUGAUUACUAUGGGACAUGUAGGAAGAGUUGUAAUGCGUGCUGAUGAGCAACCUCUACUCCCCGCCUCUCCAACCCCCACCCCCACACCUCC